UGCAUUAUCUGAAGGAAAACGCUAAGAAGGAGCAACAAGACACAGAUGACAAAAAAAACACACAAAAGAAAAAAGUUAAAGAACUAAAAGUGCUGGAUGGCAAAACAGCUCAGAAUUUGUCUAUCUUCUUGGGUUCUAACCGCAUGCCAUAUGAUCAAAUAAAAAGAAUCAUUCUUGAGGUGGAUGAGAAAACUCUAACAGAAUCACUGAUCCAAAACCUUGUUAAACAGCUUCCUUCGCAGGAGCAGUUGAGUGCUUUACUUGAGCUGAAGGACGAGUACAAUGAUCUCUCAGAACCAGAGCAGUUUGGAGUAGUAAUGAGCUCUGUGACCCGCCUGGAGACCCGUCUGAACGCAAUACAAUUCCAGCUGCAGUUUGAAGAGCAAGUUAAUAACAUUAAGCCGGACAUUGUGUCAGUGAAAGCAGCCUGUGAGGAAGUGAGAUCCAGUGAAAACUUUUCCAAGUUGAUGGAAAUCGUCCUUUUGGUAGGGAACUUCAUGAACGCAGGGUCACGGAAUGCUGGAGCAUAUGGAUUCAACAUUAGCUUCCUUUGUAAAUUGAGAGAUACAAAAUCAACUGAUCUGAAGAUGACACUGAUGCACUUUUUAGCAGAAAUCUGUGAAGAACAGUACCCUGAAGUUAUUCGCUUCACUGAAGAACUAAACCACGUGGAAAAAGCAAGCCGAGUUUCAGCAGAAAUGUUGCAGAAGAAUCUGGAACAAAUGGGGAAACACAUUACUAGACUGCAAAAGGACCUUGAUAGUUUCCCACAAUCCAACAACGAGCAAGACAAGUUUGUUGAGAAAAUGACAAGUUUUGUAACAGGUGCAAAAGAACAGUUUGAAAAAUUAACAGAUAUGCAUAAAACCAUGGAGGAGGACUUUGAAGAUCUUGGGCGUUACUUUGUCUUUGAUUCCAAGAAAGUAUCCGUUGAAGAGUUCUUCGGUGAUCUGAGCAACUUUAAGAGUAUGUUUUUGCAAUCGGUCAUGGAGAACAAGAAACGGAAAGAAGCCGAAGAGAAAAUCAAAAGAGCCAAACUUGCCAAAGAAAAAGCAGAGAAGGAGAGGCAGGAGAAACUGAAGAAGAAUGCUAUCAUUGACAUAAACGCAGAGGGUGAUGAGACAGGAGUGAUGGACAGUCUAAUGGAGGCCCUUCAAUCAGGAGCUGCCUUCAGGCGAAAGAGAGGUCCACGGCAAGCUGCUAAUCGAAGAGGCAAUGCUAUGACAUCUAUUCUCGCCAAAGAACUCACCAAGGACGAUGACGUCAGUCAGACUGUAAGUAAGAAGCCGAAGGUAGUGACAGAAGACAAAAGCACUGUGCCACCAGUGGAACAAGAGGAGAUGCUGGAAGAUAUUCUCACUCGCUCCAACUAAACCCAUAGGAAGUAUCUGGAAUUUAAAAUGCAGUGCCAUAAAGCCAAUUUUUUUGGUGUGAUGCUUGUUUAAACUCUGAACCUGAAUGUGCUACAUUUGAAUUUUUUUCUCUGGACUACUUGUAUCUCACCUGUAAACAGUGGCACUAGCCCAAGAGUGCACAGAUGAUUUUUCUUUAUGCAGAUUUGAAAGAGGCUGUGGGGAGUUGAGGAAAGGAGCAGAAUGGUUGCUAUGUCAAUGUACAAUAAGGUUUCCAAUAUCGGUUUUGGCAAUGCUGCAGUGCAGAUUUUGUCUUGAAGAGGUGGUCUUUUUGUAUUUUGGUUGCCUUUGGUUAUGUUUUAAACAUAUCAAUUGAUUUCCAUCUUUGAUGGGUCUUAUUCUUGACAGGUUACUGAGAUUUAAAAAUAAUGUUUGCACAUCAACCUCAUAGGCCACUUAAAAUAAAUUGCUAGGUCUUGCUAUGCACAUUCAUUAUUAAUAUUGUACAAUAUUUUGUUUUGGUUGUGGGUGAUUCUUGUACCAUAGAUCACAAGUGGAAAUUAAUAUCCUACACAGUAUGAGAGCUGACAAUGCAUCAAAGUGUGAAUCGCUGGGUCAAAACACAUACAACUUAUAAUGGGGGAAAAAACAAAUCUAUUUUUUAUGUGAACAGCUAAAAUACUUUCACUAUUAAUGACAGUCAGAAUGUUACACAACAGAAAUCAGGUUUGUUUUAGCAAUUUUCAAAAAACUGUUACUGCUUCUUCAUUAAUCCUUUCCUCUGAUGUCUCUUCCCACUCAAAGUAUGUUGUAGUGGGACAGACAAUUCAGAAAUGGAAACUGUUUUUUGCUUUUGCUCAUUAACUUGCACAGACCUGCUCAAUACACACAGCAUGAGGAUCGUUUCCACCAUGCUAAGAGUGACAAGCUGGAACUAUCACUGUUGAAAGAGGGAGGAAUGAUAAAUGUGCUGGUGCCAAAAGGGGAGAUAUUACCUUAAAAUCCAAUGGUUAAAUCAUUACUUAAUUUAACCGUUGUAUGGGGAAACUUUUUUUUUAAUGAUUAUGUCCACCCUCUUCAUCGAGUUUAGUUUAAUGUUCUAAGCAAUUAGCAGAACUAUUCAUCACAGGUUCGUUUCCUCCAGGUGCCCUUCUUGCACCUUUUUAGUGAUGAAAUCCAAAGGACUGAUAUUCCCAUGCUCCUGAAGUACUAUUGUGUUCCUAUGUACACCCUUCUGUCACUUCCAUCCAAAUGAAAAUUUAAUAAGUAUGAUUUCUGCUACAUUUAUUAUGUUUAGCCUAAAUACCCUCUUUAAAGUUCUGCCAAGUUUCAGAAGUUUCAUACAGACAAGGAUUGUUUACAUGAAUUAUGAACAUUAAUACAACAUCUGUUAGUUGCAAUUGUCAAGACUGCCUGCAAAAAAUAUUAUUUAUGCCUUUAAGAUCCAUCAGGUCAUGCUUCCCUACAUGGACAAAACCUUUAAAUCCACACUAUGGGUGAUUGCUAAUCGGGAAACGGAAGUGAAACAGCAAAAUUUACCUCAUAAAUUCUGCUUAUUAGAAAACAGCAGAAAGGAAACUGGAACUGCAGGAAACUGACCUGUAUGGUGUUUUUUUUUUAUUAUUUAACCAAAACAAUAUCAUUACUGGGUAUUUUUUUCGUCAAUGUUCUCAUUUGUAUCCUUUCCAAUUGAGACUGGUCCUUAACCCAUGCAAAUUGCACAAUUCUGAGGAAGAAGCAGCUGCUAAUUCAUUGCAGGUGGCUUUGAAAUCCUAAUUGGAAUAAUGUACUGCUGUAUCUAUUCUGCAUUAAUCCCUGUUGAGGCCCAUCUAAGUGAAGUGAUGGGGUUGUCUUCAGGUUCACAGGAAUUUACUACUGUAUGUGUAGAUGAACUCUGGGGUAUUUAUUGUCAUGUGUAUUUACUCUGCCAGUCUUUUGUUCUAUAUAACAUCUUUGAAAAUAUCUGUGUAAGCUCAUAUCAGAUGACCUAUUACCACCACCUACUAACAAGAAAUUCCUACAGAAUUUAUUUUUUACAUAAAGUUCUUUCUCUUUAGUUCUUUUUAAGUGCUUAAGAGAAUCUUUCUAUAUUUUAAGGAAUAUGUACACAUGAGCUGUUCUGGCUGAGAGAAAACAUUAGGUAUAAUUGCUGAGGAAGUGUAUUGUAGCAAACAGCCACUGACUCCUGACUACCACUAGCUAAUUCCAUUAUUGAUGGUGUCAUCAUCCAGAUAGUGGCAACCGAAGCCACUUCACCAGUGCCCGCACCAGUUUGAACAAAAUUCCUUCAGUUACCAAAAAUCUAUGUUUGCUCUAUUUUGUGAAAAAUUGAUGGAUUUGAAAAAUUUUGCAAAUUUUUAAAAAUUUCUGAUGUGUUCCUUUUCGUAGCAACAGACAACUAAAAAACCAAUUUCGCAUCCAUUCUGACUAGGCCUGUGCAGCAAACCCAACAGAUCUCUCUGCCUUUCAGACAUAGUUUGAUUCACUGAUCGAGUGCCACAGUUUUCCGUUACAUCCCAAAAGGCACUAAGAAGAGAAAAGGCCAGUUUUGGAGCAAUAAGAAAUCUCUUGAUUCAGCAGCAAUGGUUAGGUUGUGAGGGACUUAAUCAAGUCUGACCUGAUCAAGUUUAAUUGGAUGCCUUGUACAAUUCCACAUGUAGAUGCAGGUUUGAAGAGUAGUCAAUGUGAAGACUCAGUUUAAUGCCACAUGUAAUGUUUGAAACAAGAUGCAAGUGGAAUCUCUUUCCCAUUUUUGAUCAGUUCCAUUUGCCAGGUGACUUCUGUUGUUUUGCACCAUUUUAGUAUCAAAUUGAAACAACUUCUAUUGCCUCUUGAUCCUCGAUGUACUAAUCCUUGUUUAGGUAGUCAUACACUGUAAUGCUCGAUCAGCACUUGGAAUAAUGUUCUAGUAAAGGUUACAUAAUCCUGGUGAAUUGGGAAUUUCCAUGUAUAUUUUCUCUUCCUCUGUCCAAAUCAUGUCCUUUGCAGUUGGUUGCUCUGUGAUAUCCAAAGCUAAUUUGUUAAUUCUGUGUCAAUAUAUUUGGCCCUAUUUCAGUCAGAACAGCAUCUACCAGCCUUGUUAGGACUGCUGUCCAGAUAACCAGGUGAUGUACUAGGUUAUAUGGCAGCAUGGAUUAGAGUUUAAUGGUAUUGAUGGCAUAUCUCCCAAAAAUAAUUUAUUUGAGCAAAUGUUUUAUACAUGGAUAUCAGGUGCAGUGAAGUCAGUGUAUAUACUGUUCGUUGUGCUUUGUAUCUGAGGGAAGUUGGUAACAUUGUUGGUGUCUUUGCGACCAGCACCCCAGCUUAAUUAUCACUAACAUGUCCAAUGCACUGGUUCUUAUGGUAACUAGAUUCAUACAGCUUCUAUUGAUUACUUCGUAACUGCAAAUGGUAGUACACUGACUUCCAUUUUAAUUAAGACUCUGGGUUCUUAUGCACGGGAAUUCUUUGGGGUAGUGGAAUGGUGUUUUCUCUGUGUGCGUUAAACCUUAGUGCACGUAACACGGGGAUUGUUUCCUUUCUGUUCAAACUGCUUUUGCUCCAUUUUGGGCGGUGUUAGCAUGUGCUGUGGUGCACUUCACAUGGUGGUGGCAGUCCUUACGGUCUAGAAAUGAGCGACUCCUGUGGCAAGCAUCAGGUUUCUUUUCCCCAAGAGCUCCGCACACUGGUCACAGGAUAUGCCAGAGUGGCAUCAAGAACCUGCACUAAACUAUGUAAAAGUCCUGCUGAAACAGUAUAUGAAUUUGUCUGUAAAUAUAGUUGUGGUUGACUUAAGUUAUUGAAAAUGCCAAAAUUUCCCUUGAAACUUAAAUUUUUAGGACAUAGAGGUAACCAUAAGGAAGAGUGGUAUCAAAAUAAGAAUUCAUCUCACUGAACACGUUUGUUAUGUUGGUAGGAGUGGCAGGAAGGAACCUUCGACACCUUUUUAAUCAUUCUGAUUGUUGCUCUUUGAAAGAGCAAAACUGUGUGUAUUCCAUAUAAAUGUGAAUCCUGUAGGUUUACACAUUUAAUUACUGCAUCUUGUCCACUAAUAUAGAUUGUAGAUAAUUUCACAUCAUGGUUAUGUACUGUUGGUGCCUGGGCUGGCUUUUUUUGCAUUUAAAGAUGAGCAAGGGCUUCAUCAUUCCUUUUAUAGAAUUUAAAUUGUUAUUUAACUUCCUACAUUUAUUUCACAGAUAUGCAUAUAAUUUAGAUAAUGUUUAUUCCAGCUCUUGUUUCUGAACAUGCCGAAUUUAGCAGAAGUUGCUGGUCAGCUGAUUAUAAUUUUUUGUUGCUCUCAAGAAAGGAUGUCACGUUCCCAGUUUGCUGAGUUUUCUUGUUCACAUUCAAGAUCUCCACAGUGUUGUGAAUUUUGUUUUCCGUCUUGACAUUUUGGAAUCAUGGUUCGGGAAAUUGACUUGUGUAGGACAAGUCACGUUUCUAAGGAAACAACCAGAUUGUUGUUAUUUCUCGGCACUGUAGUCGUCUAAAGCGUAGGGUUACAAAAUUGAGUACAAAAAGUGCACCAAGUGACCUUGUAACUCCCCAGCACUAGUGGGGGUGGUGAGAGGAGGAAUGGAACUCUGAACUAUAACUUACGUUUUCUCUAGGCAUGUACCUGUUCUGUCUCUCUUCCUACAACUGAAGAGCAUUUAUUACAAAGUUAUUGGAUGUUUUCAGAGUAUGUGGGUGAUAACAAUGUGAUAAUAGUAGUGAUUGGAUGAUGCAGUAACACAAACUGCUUAAGAAGUCACUGCUCCAGUCAUCCUAUGUCACAGAUUUGGUGUGUGGUUCACGAUAUUACUAAAGUGUGGCAUCAAGACUACCUGUUAAGAUACCUAAUUGUUAAGUGGGCCCAACUGAAAAGAAAAUUUAUUAGGAACUAAAUAACACGAGCAAUUAUAGCAUGUUCCAUAUAGUUUAAUAUUUGUCCCAGGGGUAACGUGCAGAUUGAUAUUCAUUCAGUGUUGUGUUACUCGGACUUUUUUUGUAUAUUUAAAAAAAAGUAUCUGUCAAACCACUGUUUUUUUUGUAACUGAGAUUAUCUGUACUUUCUUUACACUUUGUCUUCAAGUAAAGUUGCCAGUCAGUGAGGACUGAUGGCUGGAAACUUCCACAAGGAUGUUGUGUUUAUCAAUAAUAGGGCUAGUUUCUUUUUAUUUUUGCUUGUCACAAUGUCACUGGAAUUGCAAGGGUUAAAUGUGCAUUAUUUGUCCUUCACACUGUUAAUGGAACUGGAAGUUAAAUGAAUGUGAGCAACAUGUGUCUGUUUCAUGAAACAACAUGGAAGUAGUUGUUCAGAACAUUGUUGGCGAUGAGAAAAGUAAGCCCUCUACAUUUGCAUCUUUUGACGGUAUAAUCAGCUGUAAGUAGUCAUUUCAAAUGACUUUAGAGUGCAGACAUGAGGGCUAAAUGAGCCAGAGCUAAGACUUUGGCUGCUAGGAUUAUUUUGAAAAUGGCAAUAUAAAAUAGUGUUUCUUUUUCUCGAAAGAUUUUUUAUAGAAUUUUUUUUUUGCUUUGGAACGUUAUUUUAUCAAAUUUGUGAUUCAAAUUGUAAAUAAAGAAAUAUUCU